AUGCAAGACAUUGGUGCGUCAUCCACUAAGACGACCAAUGCUUCUAAUAAUCGUCUGGAAGCUGCAAAGGAAACAAGUGAAGAGCUACGGGCAGAAGCGAAGAUGUGGGAGAUGAACGCCCGAAAGCUAAUGGGUGAUUUGAACAUGUUGAGGACCGAAUUCUCAGAUCAAUCCAAAAAACUGGCUGGUCUUGAAAUGGAACUUUCAGCAGCACAUGUGGAGCGUGAUAAUUUGAGAAAAGAAAUUGAAGAGUUAAAAUUGUCAUUUGAGGAACCAACUGCGCGACAGAAAGCAUUGGAAGAUUCAGUAUCUCAAGGUGAAUGUAUUCCAGAAAUUGAAAAUGCUCUAAAAGAUGAAUUGAGGUUUCAAAAAGAAUCUAAUGCUAACUUGUCUUUGCAACUGAAGAGAAGCCAAGAAGCAAACGUUGAGUUUGUUUCUGUUCUCCAGGAGCUGGAAGAGACUAUAGAACAGCAGAAAAUUGAGAUAGAAAACCUUUCAUCAUUACCCUCAAAAUUCAGUGAUCUGGAGAAAUCUUUCCAACUAAGUAUAGAAGGAAACAAGCACUUAAUGCAACAACUAGAACAAUUGGAGGAAUCCAAGAAAAAUAUGCUGGUCAAGAUGAAAGAGCUGGAAGGAUCCUUGGAGGACAAGAUUCGAGACACUGAACUUAUGAAGAUUCAAAACAACAAAACCCUUUCAGAUAUUGAAAUGGGAUAUGAAAGCAAGUUAUCUGCCAAAGAUGAAGAAAUUUUAAGUUUGAAAGCAAAGCUGCUUGAAUCUCUCCCAGAAAGUUGCAAUACAGAAACUGUGUCCACAGAUUUAGGUGAUGCAGAUCUUUUGAGAGAAAUCGAAGUACUGAAAGAGAAAGUUCAGGAACUUGAGAUAGACUGCAAUGAGCUGACAGAGGAAAACCUUGACCUUUUAUUCAAGCUAAAAGAAGCAAAGAACAAUUCAAAAGAUGGAUCAUCUGAAGACCUUUUGUCAGAUAAGCUCAAAGAUCAAUCUUUAGCUAGCUUCGAGUCUGAAGUAAGCAACAAUUUAUUUCGAAUAUUCCAUUCAGAAGACAUGUUCCAGGGGGAAAACGUCAUCAAGAAUAGUAAAGAUGAUCAUAUUUCAAUGCAAGAGCUUGAGACUUUAAAAUUAGCUCUUGAAUUCCGAAUCACAGAUUUGAAUAAGGAACUGACUAAUAAAACAUCUGAGAUAGGAAAUCUUGAGGCUAACUUAUCACGUAAAGAAGAGGAAGUUGGGGUUCUGCAGAAGCGAGUGAGUGAGUUGGAAGCCAAGGUUUAUCAUCUUGAACAAGAAAAAAGUCAACUUGAGAAACACAAGGAGGCCGUGAUAAAAGAAAGUAAGCAUGAACUGGAGCUCCACAUAUUAGAUAUAGAACAGCAAAAACAACAAUUGUCAAUUCGCAAUUCUGUUUUGGAAGAUCAAAUGAGAGAUUUGACAAAUGAACAAGAAUCUUGUUUAUCAGAACUAGAGAACGCUAGAUCUCAAGCUGCAAGGCUUCAAGAGAAGAUUAUGGAGAUGCAGUCUGAGAUAGAUUCAUCAACAGAAGACAUGGAACAAAGAUUAAAGGUGACACAAAAAGCGCAAGAAGAAUGUGAAUUUCUAAGGGGAGAAAAUCAGCAGUCACAAGUUACCAUUGAGAAUCUUAAAGAAGAAUGUAGUUCUUUUAAGAAGCUAAAUGGAGAUUUGAGGCAGCAAAAGUUGAAGCUAGAGGAAUAUUGCUCCCUUAUGGGAGCCAGGUUGAAGGAAUCAGAUGAAAGAUUUGCUAAGUGCUCUGAACGAUUAGAACUCCUGGAAAAGAAAUUCAUUUUAAUGCUAGAUGAUAUUGCAUCAAAAGAGAAGCAUCUAACUUCAGAUUUAGAUUAUCUUUUUGAUGAAAAUAGGAAACACGUGGAGCAGGGCCAAAUUUUGUUGAAUCAGAUGCAAAUGGAGAAGAUGGUAGAAACUCAGAACUUAGAACUAGAAAUUGAGAACCUCAGUCUGAAACUUUCGGCAACCUUUGAUGAAAAAGAGAGGAUUGCUUCCAAUGCUUUGUUUGAAGUAUCCACAUUAUGUGCUGAUAAAGCCAAACUGAAAUCUGAUUUAGAAGAAGCUCAAUCUAACGUGAUUUUGGCCAAGAAGGAGGUUGGUAUGAUGCAGAAUCGAUAUGAACAAAAGCUGAAAGACCUAACAACUGAGCUUGCUGAACACAAAGUUAAAAUGGAAAUGCUGAGGGCUGAUCAUGAAAAGUUGUUAACGCUGGUGGAGGACUAUAAAUCAAGAGAACUAAAAUUCAAAAGCACUAUAAAUGCUCUUGAAUUAAAACUUACGGUCACUGAAUAUGAAAGACAACAAUGCAUGGAUGAAUCUGGAAAUUUAAAGGUUCAGUUGCAGCAAAAACAUCAAUUUGAAAAUGAGAUCAUAGCUCUAAAGAAUGAGCUCAACUCUUCUAAUUCUGAGAAAGAGAGAUUGGAAGCCUCAUUGCUCCAAACAUCUGAACUAUGUGAAGAUCUGACAGCAGAGAAGAAAUCAUCUGGACUAAAGAUAUUAGCCUUGGAGAAGGCAGCGUCUGAAUUGGGUGACUGCAAGAGAACUAGAGCAUCCCUAGAAGAAAGACUCAUGCAGUUGGAGAAUGACUUGAAGGCAAGAGAAACAAGAUGUGUUCAGGAUACUGAGCUCAGUCACAUCAAAAAAAUAAACAGGCAGCAUCAACAGACCAUACAACUGCUUGAGCAGGAAAAAGCUGAUUUCCAGACAAAAGUCCAAGCCCUUGAAGAAGAAUUGAAACUUACUAAGGAACAAAAGCGAAAUCAAGUUCCGAAGUUAAACAGGAAAAGUUUAUCAGUUAACGAUGAUCUAAAGGCCUCAAAAAAUCCUGUGGUGAAGAAUACUAAUCAAUAUCGCAGUAAUAGGAAAAAGUCAUCAUUAAAAAAUGACAGAGAAAUUAUGAAAGAUCAACAGGACCCUUGUUACAGCAUCAAACAUCAGAGUGAGGUAGAAACUGAACAUGGACUUCUCGAUGAAAGUGUUCAAGCUGUUGAAGUAGAUCCACAAUUGAAGACUCAAUUGCUUGAGACUGGACUAGAAAAAGCAGAAGGCAAUAACAUUUAUGAAGUUCAAAUUGACAGGUCUCCAUCUCAAGGCCAGAACAACAAGGCAAAUGGCCCAGCAAAAUCAAUGGCUGAAGAACUUGUAACGAAAGAAAAAUUUGAACGUACAAAAUCUAUGCUAGAGGCAGAGUUAAGAGAUAUCCAGGAGCGCUACUUCCACAUGAGCCUUAAAUAUGCUGAGGUGGAAGCCGAGCGUGAAGAACUUGUGAUGAAGCUCAAGGUGGCCAAGAACAAAAAAGGAUGGCUCUCAUAGAAUUAUGAUCAGUCCGUUGACCCUUUUUUGAGGCUGCCAGGCACCUUUUCACCAAUUUGAAGUGUCAGAGUUUUCAAUCUACAAAAUGAUGAAUAAUUUGGUAAUGAUUCAUUGAGUAGGAGAAAAAUAAUAAAACUA